CUUCCAGGGCACCUUGGUUUGGGACAUUUCGUACUGCCAGGCGUGUACGUAGCAUCCAGGAACACGAGGCAAACAAAAUCCUAUCCAAGGGAACGACAAUACAACCACAUCCAAGCCAUGGACUUCCGCCAACGAUGCCUAUCCCAUUCAUAGCCAGCAUCUUUUUCGACGGCGCUCCGUCAUGGAUGCCAAAGCCAUGGAACCUCGUCAAGACGGGCAGCGCCCUGGCCGCCGCCAUCUUGACGAAGCGAUACUGCAGCGGCGCGACGAACACGGCCGAGCGCAGCAUGCACGGCCGGGUCGUCAUGAUCACGGGCGGCACCUCGGGGGUCGGGCAGGCUGUCGCCCUUGAGCUGGCCGAGCGCGGCGCCCAGAUCAUCCUGCUGACGCACCUCCCCGCGGCCGACCCGUUCCUCGCCGACUACGUCGACGACUUGCGCGACCGCACCAACAACCAGCUCAUCUACGCCGAGCAGGUCGACCUGUCGUCCCUACACAGCAUCAGGCAGUUUGCCACAAAGUGGAUCGAUAACGCGCCGCCCCGCCGGCUGGACAUGGUCAUCCUGUGCGCCGCGACGCUGACGCCGCCGGGAGCCGCGAGGACCGAGACGGCCGAGGGCCUGGAGAGCACGUGGAUGGUCAACUACCUCGCCAAUUUCCACCUGCUGGGCAUACUCAGCCCCGCGAUACGGGCCCAGCCCUUCGACCGCGACGUCCGCAUCAUAAUCCCGACCUGCCCGGCCUACAUAUCCUCGCCGCCGCUCGCCGAGGCGCUGGACAAGGACCGCUGGACCCCGGGGAAGGCGUACGCGAGGAGCAAGCUGGCGUUGGCGGUCUUUGGGCAGGCAUACCAGAAGCACCUGGACGCAUACAAACGGCCCGACGAGCUCCCCAUGAAUGCAAGGGUGGUCUUCGUUGACCCCGGCCUCACGCGGACGCCCGGGACGAGGCGGUGGCUGACGAGGGGGUCAUUGCUGGGAUUGAUCUUCUACAUGCUCUUCUACGUGCUGGUAUGGCUAUUCCUGAAGAGCCCCGGCAUGGGCGCGCAGUCGAUCCUGUUCGCCGCGAUGGAUGCUAGUCUCGGACGGGGUCCGGGAGGCAAGCUGGUCAAGGAGUGCAUGGAGGUUGAUUUUGCGAGGAAGGACGUCAAGGACGACGAGGUCGCGAAGAAGCUCUGGGAGUCGAGCGACAAGCUGAUAGAGAAGGUGGAGAAGGGGCAGGCGGUGAAGCGGGCCAGGAUGAAGAAGGACCAGGAGAAGAGGGAGGAAGAGGCGAAGGAGGCAGAACGGAUGGAGGAGAUUGAGUCGCUUGUGGACACCAUCAAGAAGGGGAAGGAGAAGAAGGCUCAAAAGGCGAGGAACAGGAAGAAGCGGGAGCCUGACGGGAAAGCGGUUCCGUGAGACUGAUGAUUAUACCACGCUUAAUUAUACGUCUGUACCACAAUCCAUGUUGACCGAGUCUGGUCAAUCAGGUCCCGAACGAGCGGCACUUGGUUCACCAGUUAUCAAAAUAUAUAGGUAGGUACCUAUCUACUACCUAGGUCCCUGGUGUGUAAGACGCUAUUUCACAGUAAGGUACCUAGGUACGUAUACACAAGCGUUGCAUGUACCGCAAAACUGCCGAGCCAGGGACAGUAACAGCUCAAGCAUCUAGGACACGUGAAAAUGGAUGACGCAGGGCCGCCGCAUUGAUACGCUGGCAAGGCCAAGCAUUCAAAACCAUUAAAAGAGUAAACAUCCAACCCAUCUUCACCCUCUCUCCUCCCCCAGCUCCGCCUCGUGAUUUCAACAAACGAGCCGAGCUCAGCCCGGGAAGCCCUUACUACCUACACCCGUAAAAAAAAGAAGCGGAAAAACAAAAGUGAUGGCCACCACAACCACAAGCACAACCACCAUCCCC